CUCAGAAAUUCCAGUAGAGUGAGAGAAAUUCAUCCACCUAACUCAAAACACUUAAGUAACUUUUAGGAUUUGUGUUUGUUGUACUCAAUUUAUUUGGGUUAAAACAACUUAAGAGAUAACUGUGAGAGAAAAAUCGGAAUUUUGUUUCUCAGCCCUGUUGACAGCCCUACUAGGCACUGACCAUUUGCAGUCACUGUUCACUUUUCAUUGCAUCUUUUGUCCAUACAGUGAAAGUGAAUGGUGACUGAGGCUGUCAGUCCCUAACAUUUUGCCUAACAUCUUGUGUUCCACGGAAGAAAGGAAGGUUUGGAAAAACACGAGGUAGUAGUAUAACUAUUCCAUUAAAAUGAACAAAAGUCAAGUGCCAGCUCGUGUGUGUGUGUGUGUGUGUGUGCGUGCGUGCGUGCGUGUGUGUGCGUGUAUACCUCGACCCACAGCCCAGAGCUUGAAUAACAGUAGGAGGAAAAUGGACGGAGUAGGUUCAUUUGGCGCUGGAAGAGCCGGGUCUGCGUUCGACCCCAUUGCCUUUAUUCAACAGCCGCAGACUAUCCUCAGAAUAUUAUCGUGGAUCUUCUCAGUAGUGGUCUUUGGAUCCAUAAUAAACGAAGGCUAUGUCAACCAUGGUAGUGAGAGGCUCUAUUGCGUUUUCAACAAGAACAACAAUGCCUGUAACUAUGGAACCACCAUUGGGCUCAUAGCCUUUUUAGCCUGCAUUUUCUUCCUUAUCCUUGACAUGAAGUUCCAACAAAUCAGCAGUAUUAAAGACAGGAAGAAGGCAGUGAUGCUGGACAUUGGAUUCUCAGGUUUCUGGGCAUUUUUGUGGUUUGUUGGUUUCUGCUUCUUGGUCAACCAAUGGCAGCGCACCACCCCAUAUGAGCUGCCCUUAAAUCAGGGAGCGGAUGCUGCCAGAGCUGCCAUAACCUUCUCCUUCUUCUCCAUCUUCACCUGGGCUGGCUUGACUGUAAGAGCUGUGCAGAAGUACAUGCUAGGAACCGACAUGUCCCUCUUCACCAAAGAGCACCUCGAUGGCAACCCACCCAUCCAGCCCUACCCCACCAGCCCAAACACUGAGCCCACUGACACAUACCAGAGCCCACCCUUCACUGAAAACCUGGACUCCACUGCCCCAAACUACCAGGUGCCAAUUUACUAAAGAGAUGCCCAACAGAGUUUGUGUGCAAUGUCAUCGUUCUAUCAGAAUCAGUGUGGAUGGGUGGCACUGACCUUCAAACUGAAGAGAUGUGACAAUGUUCAUAGGUUGUAGUGUUCAGUGAAAUUCUGUACAAGAUUAUGUUGACUGUGAUUUCAUUUUUGUUUGGAAAAUUACAUGUUAAUUUACCAGGAGGAAUGAAACCGAUUGAGGGGUAUCAGUUUCAGUGUUGUGUAAAAAUUAAAAAGGAACUUGUUAUAUUGCAUGUGUUAUAUUUAGAGAGCUAUGAAGUGCCAUGCAUCACAAACAAUAACUUAAAUAUUCAGUUUCCAUUAUGCCGUCGGGUACUGUAUAUAAAGUGCAAUAUCUAAAACAUGGAAAGGCAGUCCAUAAUACAUUUAAAUGUUCUCCAACUAAAAGCUGCCAAAAUUGUCUGCCUAAGAGAGGUUUGAGUUCUGUUGUAGAUAAGGAUGUCUUAUGUAUCAAAGGUUAUUUCAGUGUAAAACAAAAAAAUAUAUAAACCUGUGAAUUCAGUGUUUGAUUUAGUGGAGGCACUAAAUGUGUUUUGCCUAUACAUCAAAACUGCAUAAAGACUUUUAUUUGGGUGGAUUUUUGUAGGGUAGGAUGCAAGAUAUUUCUGACAAUAUCAAACUAUAAAGGUUAAAUGUAUCCCACAAAAAUAAUAAUAAUUGGAACAACGUACAAAACAAAAUAAUGAAUUUUAUGUUGUACUAAAGACCAGUGUUGGGUGUAAUCCAAUUACAAAGUAAUAAGUUACUACAAUUACUUUUAAGUAAAAAAAAGGAGUGUAAUGCAUUACAUUUUAAAUUCUUGUAAUCAGAUUUCAGUUACUGACUUUCAUUUAACUGAAUUACUUUUAAGUACAUUUUAGGGUUAUGUUUAUAUCUAAUAUAUUAUUAUGUAGAAUACAUAUGUGAGGAAUGUGAGGUACUGAGUGUAUGACUUGUGUGUAUUUUGAAUUUGUUGAGUGGAAAAGUGUUUUAGAAAGUAACUUAAAAGUAACAAGUAAUGCGAUUACAUUUUAAAUUAAGUAAAUGGUAAAGUAAUCUGAUUACAAUUUUAGACAUUUGUAGUGGAUUACUAUUUUUAAGUAACUUACCCAACACUGCACCAUUACCAAGACACCAUUGAAAUUAGUUUUGCAAUACAGAGCCAUGAUAAUUGUUCUGUCAAGGUUCAGUCAGAUUUAUGAAAAAGAUUAACACAAAAAGAUACUAUCAAAUUUGAAUUACUGUAUAUGACCAGCAUUUUAAUGAAAUAUUUUAUAAGUAUACAAACUUGAACAAUGUCAUCACUUGCUAUGUUUACAAAAUUAGAAAUGGGAAAUAAACUGAAUGGCAAGUCAUUUAAAAAAUAUAUAUAUAUGGCAAUGGUUACAAAGUGAUGUGUUUGGGACACAAUGACUCCCUUCAGAUAUUCACCAGUUAGCUGUUAUUAAAAAAAAAAAAAAAAAAAAAAA